CAAGCUUCAAGCAAGACACUGGGUUUCGAUCUGGUGCGGGGAUCGCUGAUCCGCAUGAAGCUGGGCUGCUUUGUGUGACUCUUUAGAAAGGCAGUUCAGAGUUGGCGGGCAGACCCUGAACUCGCUCCGCAAACCGACGGGCCGCCAUGUGGCACUUAUUGUUUCCCCGAGCCGUCUGCAAAAUCUCGGAGAGGGCUGGUGCGUCCUCCGCCGCAGAGAUAGUCGGCUGAAGAACAGUCACCACACCAAAACUCUGGUCUGGGGAUGCAAAGAAUUGGCUGGAGGCAGGAACUUCCCCUUGAUUUCAGGGACAGCCACAUUUGCCACGGACGUGCCACGCUCUGUGGAGAGCAGCUGGUGCCCGAGAUGGCUGUUUGCGACCUUUCCGCAGUGUCCGUGGAGAAACGCAUCAGAGAGGAGCAGGCGUGGCAUCUCCGGAAAGCCUUCCAAGACUUGCUCUUCCGCUUCCAGGACUGGCUGUGGGCUGCCGAGCUCAUGGCUGCCUCCCCAAACUCCUCGCAGGUAUCCUACGCCAAUUCCAAGAAAGAGCUUCAAAGGUUCAAGGUGCUGCAAAGGCAAGUCUCAGACAAGCUGCUGCCUCUGGAAUCCUUAAACAGGCGAUACCACCAGCUGGUGAGGAGCGGGAGCAUCGGCCCACAGCUCAGGCCCACGGUGCAAAAGGUCAACCAGCGCUGGGACGAACUGCAGGCUCGGACGGCUGCCAUUUGCAAGAGGCUGAAGCAUUUUGUGAACCAGUGGGAGAAGUUUGAGCUGGAGAAAGAGACCAUCCGGGUUUGGCUGGUGGAGCUGGACCUCCGACUCACCGACGUGGAGCACUUCUCCGCAGGGACGUCGCUGGAGAAAAUGAUACAACUGCAGGCAUUCGAGCAAGACGUGCAAGCCAGCGCAGACCGCGUUGACCGCCUGCUGGUGCACGGGGAAGCUCUGAUCCAGAAGAGCCAGCCCGAGGACGCGGAGGUCCUGGAGGAGGAGUUGCGGGACCUGAGCGGUUUCUGCCAGGAGGUCUUCCGCAGAGUCUUCCGCUUCCAGGGGCGACUGGUCAGCAUGCGGCUGGUCUUUGAGGACGAGUGGCUGUCGGACCGGGGUAGCGAUUUGGAGUCCGAGUCCCUCGCGGACGAAUCCCUGGAGCGGAUGGGCGGUGGUGGCGCUGGGCCACCCCUGCCUCCUGCUGCUCCCAUGUGCCAGUCGACCCCAAAGAACCCCUCGUUGCGCCGCCAGCAGCCAGCUCCCCCUGUAGAGGCAAACGUGGAUCUGGAGUGGGACCCUUCUGUGGAUAUAGGGGGGUCUACAUCGCAUGACGAAGAGGACUCCUCAUACUUCAGCGCCAUCACGGGUAUGGGCCAGUGGGAAGAACCUCGCUGGAAGUGCAAGCCUCCUGCUUGUGCAUCCCGUUCCUUGCCUUUGAGAUGCGGCAGCCGGGAAGACUUAUCUGGGCAGAAUGGCUUCCGAGAGGAGUGGGAGCAGUUCAGUUCCUCUGUCACAGACCAGGAAAUAAAAAGGUGCAGCUCUGUGCUCUGUGACCAUCUACUAUGGAGAGUGAAGCUCCACUUUAGGGGCAGGAUUCCCACCCUGCUGAUGUUCUUGCUGCCUUCUCUGGUAGGAACGUCACACUCAUGGGAGCUCCAGGGAUGUCAGCACCCCCAAAAUGGGCCACCAGAGAGAGGGAGCCCCCGUCAAGCGGAACCGAUGGGAUUUGACCCCGAACGGAUUGAGACUUGGCUGGGCCAGAGCUGCCGGGAGAAGAUGGGAGGGAAGCUGGAGGUGGAACAGGUCACUGGGACUUGUGGGCAUGUCCCCCUACCUGUCCUAGAUCUGCAAUUCCCAGUGCAAUCCCAGGCAAGCGGGAAACAACCAAAGAGGCAGAGGUCACAGCAACGGGCGAGAAAGAAAACUCGGCCGACCCCAGCCAGCAACGUUGGGCAGAUCUGCAAGAAGGAUCACCUCAACUCCCGAUCAGCAGAAAUCGCAGUCACCAUUGAGCAGGGAUCCAGCCUCCAACAGCCUCCGAUCAUCUCCUGCCUCCGAACCCAGAAGCUCCCCAGACUCCCCGCCAUGUGGAACAGGACAAUGAUGCUCCUGAGCGCCAGCCUGCUGCUGCUGCUGCUGUUCCUGGCCAGCCCCUUUCCUCUGUACCCCUCGGAGCUCUCCUGCCUCCAGGAAAACGGCUACUCCAGGUCCUUCCACCUCAUGCUCACUUACAGUGGGCCACCACCCACUUAGCAGGCAGGGAGUGCUGCAGCCUGGACUCUUCGUAACGC